AUGCCUAACUUGUCUAUUGAUUUAAACUACAGCUCCCAUGAUCCUUUCAGUCAAAGCAUCCUUCCUGCUGAAACAGGAAGUGUGGUCAUAGUGUAAACAUGAAGCGUAUUACUCGUCAUGCCUGUGAUGAUGUGCCCAUUCCUGAAGAACAGGAGACAGAGGGCCAAAGACAACUACACAAUCUGCUGCUGCAGCAACUAGAUACAGAUGUAAACAUUGACCGGUGUGUUGCAAAGAAUAAAUGCUUUGCUCCAGCAGCAGUACACAAGCCUUUUGGGGAACAGGCAGCUGGUGUAAGGAGUCUGUCCCAGUUCCAGUCUUUGCAGGAUGGGGAUCAGGAACUGGCCGCUUUGAGAGAGCUGGGUCUUACAGAUGCUGAGAUAGAGCUAUGGAGAUGCAGGGAUCAAACAGAAAGCUCUUGGAAGGGCAGAGGGGUUUGUGUGGCACCUGAGGUGAGGAAUGGGCGUCUGCAGGCCAUCCGGGAUAAAAUGGCAGCACAUGCAGAGCUGCUGUCCAGACCACAGCGUUUCUCAAACAGUCGGCCACUUUCCCAUAGGGAGAUUGAAAUCAAAAAGGCUCUUUUUCAAGGCAGUGACCGCUGCAGCUUCCUCACUGCCCUUUACCAUAGAGAGGAAGAGUCACCCGUCAGCCAGCAGGGGGCGACAUCCACCAGCGCAAUGGACCAUUUCUAAAAAGUCUUUCUUGAAGACCACAAAAAAAUGUUGCUGAUAUUUCAGAGCGUUUACCAACAAUUGUCACUGAUAUCCAGUGUAAAUCACCAAGCCCUAAAUCAGACCAAUCACAAACUCACACAGUCCAUGAUUCCAGCCCAAACAAAGACCAACUCCAUAUGCACAGAACCAAGCCCUGUGUCUGACACUGUCAACCAACCUCAGUCUCAAGAAAAAUGCGUUAUACCUAUAACCUGUUACUGUAAGUGGAAGGAUAGAGGAAACUACGGAAUAUUCCACGAAUUAAGAACUACCAGAGAGGAGUGCCAUCUAAUGUUUCGGAAAGAUGACACACAGCCCAUUCUGUACCGUUUGCUGACUGGCCGACUCAAGGGCCAAGCUUUCAUUACAC